AUGCAUCGCUGUGACUGUGAAGCAAACCGAUAUUCGGAGGGAUUCAAGGAUAAUUGCUUUCGAAUUUAUUUCAUUCGAGGCGUUUUCUGUCUUCUCAUUAUGAUUUUCAUGUUAAUGUUCGGACAGAUGAAGAUUGUCGAGAUGAAUGAAAAUGUCAACGCAUUCUUGGUAGAAAAUUACUGGCUUGCAUUCAUCGGAGUUACAUUUUUUCUAUGCCUCUGCUUGGUUUUGUCAUGUUCUAAUCUUGCUCGCAGUUGCUUUCCAUGGAACUUUAUUCUGUUACUGGCACUUGUUGAAAACUUGACAUUGAUUCUCGCUGUAGUUGGUGCAUUGUAUGGAACUCUCAUUAUAUUCUUGUGCUUAGCAAUUCUCUCGGUUCUUCUCUUCUUCCUUCUCGUUUCUACUUUGAUGGGGCCAGUUGACUUCACAAAUUGGACAUCCCUCUUGCUUGUCAUUUUCUUCAUUUCAUUCAUUUAUUCUGUUGGAACCAUCAUUUCAAUAUUCACUGUUGAACUUCCGCUCAUGGAUAUUAUUUAUUCGAUGAUUAUCGUAACCGUUUUGGCAGUCGUGAUGAUGUUGAACAUUCAAGUAUUAUUUAAUGGCACAAUCUAUGAACUUUGCCCAGAUGACUUUAUACUUGGCGCGAUUCUCAUAUUCUCGCAUAUCAUCAUCUUCUUCAUGUGUUGCUUGCAAAUUGUUGGCUUCGACCCCGAUGGAUGUUAAAAACAGAAACACGACAUGAUCACAUACAAAUUUCUUCCAAUCGAAUACACUAAACUCUAACUCAUCCCUCGGGAAUUUUCGGCUCUCCACAAUAAAUUUAAGGAACGUUUAUAAAUUAUUCAUCAGCGAUUACUUCCUUUUUUGUUUUUUUUAAAAAAGAGAAACUUGGGAAUGUAAAAUCUUUGGAAACAUUCUCAAAAUGAAUUAAGUGAGUAAAUAUUUGUAGAAUCCCUAAAAUUGGUUA